UUUCAGUUCGUGUCACUUUUUUACAUAAAAUUUUUAUUUGUGCAAUAUGUGAAUUAAAAAGAGAUAGAAAGCGAUUUUUGUUGCAAAAGCUAGAAGCAGAACGAAGCUGCCAGGUACAAUAUAAUCCAAUAACAAAAGUGCAGUAGUUAUUCCGAUUUUAUAGUUAAAAGUGAGUUGACACAUAAAUAAAUUUAGACGGCGAGUUCAGUGUUCUAAACACCGAAUCUCAACGAGCCAACCGUCUCUAAAUUAAUUUAGUGAACUCAAAAUAUUGGCUUCAAUUCGCAAUAAAAUAAAUCGUGAAGCAGAACAUUUAUGAAAAAUAGCCUUGGAUUGUGCUACCGAGUCUAACUGCCCACACAAGAACCCACUUUAUUUUGUCACGAAAUGGCAUGUUUAAACACUUUAAAGUUAGAAAUAAAAACUCUGGAAAAAAUAUUUACUAAAAGUCAUGAGCGCUUCCAAAUUCUUAACUCGAGUGUGGACGAACUGACCUGUCGGUUUAUUGGGAGAAAUGGAAAACGAUAUGACAUUCACGCAAAUAUAACGGAAACGUAUCCAUCUUCACCGCCUGUCUGGUUUGCUGAAAGUGAAGAAACUAGCGUAACAAACGCCGUACAAAUUCUUAGCAAUACAAAUGGACGUGAUAAUCAUGUAAUAAAUCAGGUUGGCAUUUUAUUACGUGAACUAUGCCGCCUGCACAAUGUUCCACUGCCACCAGAUAUGGACAACCUUACA